UUAAAAAAAAAAUUUUAUAUUUUUAAUAAAAUUAAAAUCAGUCAAGUGAUGAAUGAUAAAAAUGUGCAAUUGGAAAACAAAGGAUGGUGUCAUUUUUAUCUGAUGGAACCACCUGUCUUUUUAUCGUUGUUGGCAAACGGACUGACAACUAAUGUCCUGGUGGAUCUGAUAGUCUUCCAAACAUGCCGACAAGUAAUAGGAGAAAAUACGACAAGUUGUGAUAUUUUACACACAAAUAGCAGUAGUGAAGAAGCACGAGCAUUGCAGAAAAUUAUUCAACCGUAUGCGAGUAAUAUAAUAAUGUGUACAUCAAUAAUGCGAAGUAUAUUUCCCGCAAUGUUGAUACUAUUCUUUGGUCCUUGGAGUGAUAAAUACGGAAGAAAACCUCUUAUAUUAAUUGGAUAUUUUGUUUCACUUUGUAGAUACAUAAUAAUGUUUAUUCUAACAUACUUUGAUGCCAAUCCAUGGCUGAUAUUAUUAUCCUAUCUACCGACAGCUCUUUUAGGUUCCGGUCUUUUAUUGGCAACAACUUGUUACGUAUCCGAUACUACAGAACCAGAUAAACGGCCAUGGCGAUUAGCCUGUUUACAAACAUGCGUUCAUGUUGGUUUAAUAAUCGGUACUUUUAGUGGUGCAUUCAUAUUCCAGCGACUCGGUUACAUGUAUUUAUUUGUUAUCGCUGCUUCACUUAGUUUAUUUUCAUUGCUUUACGUAUUCUUCAUAGUACCUGAGUCUAUAAAAAAGAAACCAGACAAGAAAUGGGGCAAUCCACUGAACCUGUCUUUCGUUAAACAAUUAAUAUUUUCAUGUACUAAACAACGCGACGGCUUAAAUCGUGGAUUACUUUGGAAUUGUCUAUUAAUAGUGUCAUUAUAUAGAAUAGUAACAAAUGGACAUACGAAUGUAAUUUAUUUAUUCGUCAAUGCUAAACUCGGUUGGAAUAUUGUAGAUUAUUCCAUGUUCAACAGUUUGUCCAUGGUUAUAUCAAUUGUCGGAACAUUUAGUAGUCUCAAAUUGAUGAAAGAUUACAUGGGUUUUUCAAACAUUACGAUAUUAUUAGUAGGAAGUUUAUCAGGUAUAUUAGCAUCGUUGUGUAUCUCAAUUACGUCAAAAGAUUGGCAUAUGUGGCUAUUUGCAUGUUUAGGAAUUUUUAUGGGUGUCAUAUUACCGACUUCACGAUCGCUUAUUACUGAAUCAACUCCUCCCAACGAUUCAGGCAAAACUUUUUCAUUGGUGACAUUUCUCGAUACUUUAUUACCAUUAGGAAGCUCUCCAUUAUAUAGUUUACUAUAUUCUUCAUACAUAGCAACAUAUCCAUCUCCCGUAUAUUUAAUGACUGCCGGAAUUUUCGCUUUAAUAUUUUUCGUUGGCAUAUUUAUAUAUUUAAAAUACUCUGAAGAAAAAUCACUCGAUGAACCUGAAAUUUAACUUUCUGUUGUAAAAAUUAAACAUUUCAAACUUAUAAUUUGAUUCAUUUACGUAAAUUCUAGUUUUAUUGUGAUGACUUUUAUUUUUUCAUCAUAAUACUGAUUAAAAGACUGAUAUUAUGCAUUAAAUAGUAGUCA